GGCCCCGACGGCGCCGUCGGGGCCGUGGUCGCCGCCAUGGAAUCCAUCCUGGAGACGUUUGUGGAUUCUCUAGCUGCAUGUCAAGGGUUGUCAAUCACACUGUCCCGCAGGGCCUCCCAUCGUAGGACCAGUGAAACCCGACUCGAGCCUGUUCGCUUCCCUGGUCGAACUGUGCAGGAGGCCCGCAAGUUUACAAGGAUUCUCCUCAUUCUUCAGCUGUCUCAUGAUGCACUGGUCUCGGGGACCAUACUCACCAAGCGGCACAUCUUUUACCAGCAUCAAGACCUCUUCGAAAAGCAAAGCCAAGUGGACGAGCUCGUCGACGAUCUCGCUUUUACCCUUGGCGUCAAUCGUGGAGACUUGAACAUUGUCGCUGCGUCGAAAGGCGUAUUGGCAGGCCCUCUGGUAAUCGAACUGAGAGAUGGCAGCUGUCUUGAUUCAACGGCGGGUAAUUUGGGCAUUCCCAUCCCCACAAGCACAUCCAUCUCCAAAGUCAAUCUCGAUAAUUUGAGGUGGAUCUUAGUGGUCGAGAAGGAUGCAAUAUUCCGAUCACUGUGCUCCUCCCAAUUCUGGAUGACAUCUUCUUGUGGGCCUGGCGUUGUCCUGACGGCCAAAGGCUACCCUGACUUGAUUACUCGGUCGUUCUUGAAUCUGGUCCACACGACCAACCCUCAAUUGCCGAUACUGGGCUUGAUGGAUUUUGACCCUGACGGUGUCAACAUCCUCAAAUGCUACCGAUACGGCUCUCAGAAGCUGGCCCACGAGAUCAAUGCUCGCACGCCUGAAAUACGAUGGCUUGGGAUCAAGUCAAGCCAGCUGAUGCAUAUACAUGGAGCAGAGAAUGUGAACCUGAGUCCCGAUCUAGCAUCAAGUCAAGACAGCCAAAGCUCAGCACUCACCCUCGCCACAACCAGGACUGCUGUAUCUUCAACAUCUUGUCAAGAUCCAAUAAUCUACUUGUCUUCAAGAGAUCGUCGGGCCGCUGAAUCAGCGUUGAAAGUACUUCAAAGCUCCCCUCCAGGUGAGAUGGAAGUCACUGAGAUGAUGAGGGAGCUACAGGUGAUGCUUAACCUUGGGAUCAAAGCAGAAAUCGAGUGGCUUGACGAGUCCGGGAAUUUGUGUCAAUGGCUGGAUCAAGAAAUAUUUCUUGCUCUUUCUUAAAUCUCAGACCAAGUCGAAGAAUUUUUCCGAUGUAAACUUAGCCAAGCCAAAGCCGCGUUGUGGAUGAUAUCCUCAUUAUACCAACACCAUCU